GUCAUCUGAAAACUCAAAAUGGAAGGAAACAAACCACAUGGUCCAAACAUUCUAAUUACUGGUACACCAGGUACUGGUAAGACCACUUUGGCAAAAGAACUUGCCCAGCAGAGUGGCCUCAAUCUGUGCAAUAUCGGGGACCUGGCGAAAGAGAACAACUUGUUUGAGGGCUACGAUGAUGAGUUACAGUGUCCUAUACUUGAUGAAGACAGGGUCAUCGAUGAGCUUGAAGACCAGAUGUCUGGAGGUGGCAAUAUUGUAGACUACCACGGCUGCGAGUUCUUCCCAGAAAGGUGGUUUGAUAUUGUAUUUGUGCUUCGAACAGAGAACAAGUUACUUUAUGAAAGAUUAGAAAAAAGGGGUUACUCCCAGAAGAAACUCGAAAAUAACGUGGAGUGUGAAAUAUUUCAGACGCUAUUAGAGGAAGCUAGAGACUCUUAUAAAACGGAGAUAGUUCAUGAACUGCCUAGUAAUACACCUACAGACAUGGAAGACAAUUUAGAGAAAAUUUUACAAUGGAUAUCAACGUGGAAAAGUACCCACUAGGACAAGGUGGAGAACUCAAGAUUAGGCGCGUCUUAUGGAAUGAUACAUUUUGGAGGGGAAAUGUUUUAACUGACGGCAAGUCAGGGUCCAUGAAACAUGUGUUUGGUCCGGAUUGGGGCUGUUUGGGCCGGAUUGGGGCUGUUAAGAGAUUUGGGCUAUCGAGGAUGUCCAGUAGUGUAAAAGUGCCAAAAUUAUUUGGCCACAAAACAAUUUUUUGAUAGAAAUUGACUUCGAGAAGAACUCCCACAAUCUUUACUUAUAAGUUUGAAAGUACCCAUUUACCCAACUGUUGGGUAAGGGAGAAUGGGGAAUUGACUGCUACAAUCAGGUUGCAAGGAGAUGGUCAAUUAUCAUUAUGAUUCAUCUGUAUUAUUUUUUUACUCAUCCGACGAGGUCUCGACUUCUUUUGUUGUUUUCUGCUGAUCACUGGCACCAAUCAAAUGUUGCCUGUUAGUCUUAUACUGGUAAGUGGUGUCUGGUGUAACUUUUAACAGAUGAGGAAAUGAGCGAAGACAUACAUGUAUGUCAUGUCAUGUGAAGUGUACAAAAUAAAGGUACAUCUCAUUGUUUUGUUUUA